AUGACUGCCCAACAUCCUGAUGGUACUUCACGUCUGGUGAACUUCGCCAUGAUGAACUUUGAGGAAAUGGACAUGCCUACGAUGCUUUCAGCUUUCGUGGGAAUUCUAGUGAUUAUGAUCACGUCGAUAUUCUACUUCACUAAAAAGCAAAGCGAGGAAUCACCACGAGAACAUGAAGAAGAUGAAGCUGUCAAAAUGGUUGAGGAGCUGGAUGACGAGUCGAAGCUGGACGCUACAAGAAAAGCCAAUAAGCACAGAAAAAAUGAUCACUGGAAGCCGAAAAUGAAGGAUGCCUCCUAUGACCAUCCAUGGUCUGUGACAACUUUAAAGGGACAUACUGCUGAUGUUACCGGUAUGGACUUUGCUCAAGAUGGAAAGAAGUUCGUUACCGUCUCCACAGAUAGAGCUGCUUUCCUGUGGGAUGCAAGGGAUUUUGAAGAAAAGGAACACAAAAGCGUUCGUCAAAUCUUGGAUUUCGAUACUGCUACACAUGUGUCUUUUUCGCCAGAUUGUAAAAGUAUGGUAUUCGCCAUGAAACGAUCGAAUAAGCUGUCGGUGUUCAAGCUGAUGAAGAAAGAAGCUGGUGGCACAUACAAAUUUGUUCAUGUUGAGAAUGUAUCCUUCCCAUCGUCGCAUACCCUUGAUAUCUCUCACUGUGGUAUUUCUUCGAAUGGGAAGUUUUUGAUGUCGGCGUCACCUGACAAUAAGAUUGUACUGUACGAUAUCCAUGGCACCGUUUUGAAAACACUGGAACCGAAGAUGAGUUCUCUUUUCGAUGUGGUGAUAUCGCCUGAUGGUCGAUUUGUGGCUGCUUGUGGAUUCACAACAGAAGUUUUCGUUUAUGAG